AUGCCUAAGAAAGCUGGGCCUAAGAACAAAAGUGGAUAUGUCUCUUAUGACCAUCCUCUUCGCGAUUUCCACCACUGCCCUGCCCUGACCGACCAAAUCAACACCCUGGGUACCCACUCUACCCCUACCGAUGUUGCAUCUGUCUGGGCCAGCAUCCUCUCUUUGUGGUUCCCCGUCAGAGAGGGAUACCAGAUUCGCCAGAUCAUUGUCGACGCGUGGAUCGAAGUCUAUGCCAUCCGCGUUGCCCUCCGCCGCCGAGAGGAAGAGGUCUCCUUCAAUCCUGUGAUGGCAAUCCGCUGCCAAGGGGGCCUUCCAGACCGACCAGAGCCGGUCUCCUGGACCGACAUGAUGAAGGACAUGGCUAUCACCAUCAAGGCCGUCUGCAACAGCGUCCACGUUACCAAUGCGCGCCACCGCCCUGCAUGGGCCGGCAUGGCCUGUGGGCAUAUUGUCUUCUUCGCGAAGGUGAACACGGUCACCUUCAGCGUCACCCGUACGGAGGCUUAUCCGUACACUCUGUCCAUCCAGCACUCCAAGGAUGACAUCCAGGAGUUCUUGGAUGGGGUGAAGGAGGGCUUCCUCAAGAAGUGGGGUCCUCUGGCCGGAUACUCCAUUGAGUGUGAUGUUGAGGAGGGCAGCGUCCAACCUGCCGACUCCGCUGAGCUUGUCCGUGAGUCGGUCGAAUCAAAGAAGGAGGACUGCUUGGUCGGUCCUAACGGACGCUGGACGCUGAAGCUCACGAAGUAA